AUGUCAGUUAGUAAAAAGAUAAAAUUAGACAAGAUGGUUAAGAUAUGUACUCACUCCGGUUCAUUCCAUGCCGAUGAAUCACUUGCUGUUUAUUUAUUAAGAUUAUUACCAAAGUACAAUCAAGCUGAAUUGGUUCGUUCAAGAAAUCCAGCUGAUUGGGAAGCCAGUGAUAUUGUAGUUGAUGUAAGUGGUAAAUACGACGGUAUUAAAUAUUUUGAUCAUCAUCAACGUGAAUUUAAUACCACUUUCAAUGGAAAUUAUAAGACUAAGUUAUCCUCUGCAGGAUUGGUAUAUAAGCAUUUUGGUAGAGAUAUUAUCAAGGAAGUGUUAAAAUUGACCAAUGAAAAUGAUGUCGAAUUCUUAUAUGAUAAGAUGUAUAAAGAAUUUAUCGAAUCACUUGAUGCUAAUGACAAUGGUAUUAGUAACUAUCCAAAAGAUGUUUCUCCUAAAUUUUCUGAUAAGAAUAUAACAUUACCGGCUAUGGUCUCUCGUUUAAACCCAUCCUGGAAUGAAAGUUGUACUGACGCCGACUUUGAUCGUCAAUUCUUAAAGAGUUGUGAAUUGAUGGGUUCUGUAUUUGUAUCUAUCUUAGAAGGAUAUGGUAAGAGUUGGUUGCCUGCUAAAUCUAUUGUUCAAGAAGCUUUUGACAAACGUUUUGAUGUUGACGCAUCUGGUGAGAUCUUAGUCUUAACCCAAUUCUGCCCUUGGAAGGAACAUUUAUAUGCCAUUGAAAAGGAAAACAACGCUGAAGGAGUUACCAAGUUUGUAUUAUUCAAGGAUUCUACCGAUAAAUGGAGAGUUUCUACUGUUUCUGUUACCUCAUCAUCUUUUGAAUUUAGAUUAGGUCUUCCAGAAGAAUUAAGAGGAUUAAGAGAUGAAGAAUUAAGCCAAAAGAGUGGUGUUGCGGGUUGUAUCUUCAUUCAUGCUGCAGGAUUCAUUGGAGGUGCCAACUCCGAAGAAGGUGUCUUGAAAUUAGCAAGAAUGUCAUUGGAAAAGAAAUAA